GAUCCCUACCCAGUAGCUGUAUACCAGGAGUCUGGUAUAUUUUACUUGUCUCUAAAACAGUUGGUGUCUGAAAAUCAUGGAAGAGAAAGACAAUGACACUCAUUGCAGACAAUUGAGAAAAGACUUACUGUUUCUCUUUGGAAAUAUUGAGGAGAAUAUUCUAUCAGAUGUGCUGAGUGAGUUAAUGAAACUUGGAGUGACUUCUGUUGAUGACCUUCAGUGGGUUGAAGAAGAGGAUUUUAAGGGCACUAUCAAACCUGUUCUGGUCAGGAAAUUACUGAGAGGCUACAAGGCGAAGUUGGCCCCAUCUGGAAGCAGUUCUGUUUCUUUAUCAUCAUUAUCAAGUCCUUCUCUGUCACCAGUGUCGUUUUCGCCCAAAACUCCUCCACCAAUUACUGUACAAAAUAUCAACAGGGAUCCAAAUUGGCCUCUGAAACUGGAAAUUCCAUGGGAUAACAUGGGUCGUGAUGUUUGUAGGGCCCUUCAGGAAGGCAAACGUUUGUCACCAACUGCCAAGAAGGAACUUGUAAAUAAAACUGUAGAUGCAGUUAGGAAGACAACAGAACGUGCCUCUAAACACCAACUUGGGAUUAUUGCACAGCGGAUGGUUGCUAAAUUUCCUGACAGUUUGGAAGAUCGGAUUGAUGGUACAGUUUUUUGGUUCUGGAUAUCAGACUCUGCUUGA